AUGCUUCUUUUCCUUUAUAUAUUCCUACAUUUCACUCUAAUUCGUACAAAAGCUGGAAAUGGUCUUUGCCAAAUGAUGGGAGACCCCAAGUACCCACUAUUUUCCAAGGAUGGGGACAUAACCAUUGGAGCACUUUUUGCAAUUCUCAGUAAAGAAACUUUACCUUCCUUUCAGUUUACACAAAAACCUCAGCUUCUGUCAUGCUCCAGUGUGAAUUUAAGGGAUUUCCGGAUGACUCAAAUUAUGAUUUUUGCAAUUGAAGAGAUUAACAGAAGUAAAAGUUUGCUUCCAAAUGUUUCUAUUGGAUACCGGAUUUAUGACACCUGUGGUUCAAGAAUGUCUGCUAUGAGUGCAACUAUGGCAUUGAUGAAUGGACCAGAGUUUACAGCAGAUAAAAUUUGUAAUGGAGAAUCACCUAUACAUGCUAUUAUAGGAGAAACAGAGUCUUCUGCCACAAUCAUUCUGUCAAAAACUACGGGACCUUUUAAAAUUCCAGUGAUAAGUCACUCAGCCUCAUGUGAAUGCCUGAGCAACAGAAAAAUAUAUCCAUCAUUCUUCAGGACUAUUGCUAGUGAUUACCACCAAGGCAGAGCACUUGCUUUCAUAGUCAAGCACUUUGGCUGGUCUUGGGUUGGAACUGUGAACAGUGACAAUGAUUAUGGCAACAAUGUUAUGGCUAUUUUUCUAAAUACAGCUCAGAAAGAGGGGAUUUGUGUUGAGUAUUCUGUGAAAUUUUAUCGAACAGAGCCAGAAAAACUUAAAAAAGUUGUAGAGACUAUUAAAAAAAGCACAGCAAAAGUUAUUGUUGCUUUUGUUUCACUUGUUGAGAUGGGCUUACUUAUUGAUCAGCUUAGCAUUCAGAAUAUUACAGGCUUCCAAGUGAUCGGAGGGGAGGGAUGGAUAACUACAAAGAGUCUGAUCAACUCAAAGAGUUUUCAUGUGCUGGGAGGGUCACUGGGAUUUGCAUUUAGAAAAAUCAUUAUUGAAGGAUUUGCAGAUUAUGUUAUAAAAACAUUUUGGGAAAGAGAUUUUCCAUGUUUAACGAAUGAGGGGAAUUAUUCUCAGUAUGCAUUAACUUGCAGCAGUUAUCAGGAUCUAUUUACUCUAAAACACUACAAUGAAGAUAUACCUGAACAAAGAUAUGCAAGCAAUGUCUACAAAGCAGUGUAUGCUGUGGCUCAUUCACUGCAUAAUCUAUUAAAGUGCAAAGAAAACGAAGGUUGUGAGAAAAGCUUGACAAUGCAACCACAGCAGGUGGUUGAAGCUCUGAAAAACGUGAAUUUUACCUUAAAAUUUGGAGAUCGUGUCUGGUUUGACAGUACUGGAGGGGCAGUAGCCCACUAUGAAGUUGUCAACUGGCAGCAAGACUCCGAUGGAUCGUUCCAGUUUAAAAAAGUGGGUUACUUUGAUGCCUCACUGCCACCUGACCAAAGCUUUAUGCUUAACACUAAAAAUAUAAUUUGGUCUGGAGGGCAACUUGAGAGACCGAGGUCUGUGUGCAGUGAGAGCUGUCCUCCAGGUACCAGGAAGGCUUCACAGAAAGGAAGACCUGUCUGCUGUUAUGACUGCAUUCCAUGUGCAGAAGGAGAAAUCAGUAAUGAAACGGAUUCAGUUAACUGCAAGCAGUGUCAAGGGGAAUACUGGUCUAAUGUCGAGAAAAACAAAUGUGUGUUAAAAGCUGUAGAGUUCCUGUCAUUCACAGAUUUUAUGGGUAUAGUUCUUGUCUUUUUCUCACUGUUUGGAGUAGGAUUAACUGUGCUGGUGGCUAUCCUAUUUUACAGCAAGAAAGACACUCCAAUAGUUAAAGCCAAUAACUCAGAGUUGAGCUUCCUGCUGCUCUUAUCACUGACUCUGUGUUUCCUCUGUUCACUUACCUUCAUUGGUCGGCCAACUGAGUGGUCUUGUAUGUUGCGUCAUACAGCGUUUGGGAUCACCUUUGUCCUCUGUAUCUCCUGUGUUCUCGGGAAAACAAUAGUGGUGUUAAUGGCUUUCAAGGCUACACUUCCAGGAAGUAAUGUGAUGAAAUGGUUUGGUCCUGUACAACAACGACUCAGUGUUCUUGCCUUUACACUUAUACAGGUACUCAUAUGUGUGCUUUGGCUAACAAUGUCUUCUCCAUUUCCUUACAAAAAUAUGAAAUAUUAUAAGGAAAAGAUCAUUCUUGAGUGUAGUCUGGGCUCAGUUAUAGGUUUCUGGGCUGUUUUGGGUUAUAUAGGUCUACUGGCUGCCUUGUGCUUCAUUUUGGCUUUUUUGGCUCGUACGCUGCCUGAUAACUUCAAUGAAGCCAAAUUCAUCACAUUCAGUAUGCUCAUAUUUUGUGCUGUAUGGGUCACAUUUAUCCCAGCUUAUGUCAGUUCUCCUGGGAAAUACACUGUAGCUGUUGAGAUUUUUGCUAUUUUAGCAUCAACCUUUGGUUUAUUAUUCUGCAUAUUUGUCCCUAAAUGUCAUAUUAUCAUUUUUAAACCUGAACAAAAUACAAAACAACAUAUGAUGGGGAAAAAUUACAUUCAUACUGAGAAAUAA